UUUUUCUGAUUUAAUGAAAGGAGGGGAGGCAAUUAAUUUUUAUUUUUAUAAUUUUAGUGAAGGCUCUACUAUGCUUCAAUUAGAUGUUGAUAUUGACAAUGGAGGUGGACUUUGUGUUAAUCCAGCAUUCCGUAUAGAUUUUGGCAAAUCCGAAUAUCUUCCUAACGGACCUUACUUGGCACACGAAAUGCGUUAUCCUGGCGGAGAUUGUACUUCUGACAUAUGGCUUUGA